CUUAUUUCUGCAAAGAACCAACUCAAUCCGAACCAACAACACGCUAACCAGCUAGUCAGCAAACAAUCAAACUCUACAUCAUGGCAUACAAGUUUAUCUUCGCUCUGGCUUUCGUUGCUGCCGCCAGCGCUGGUUAUGCUCCAGCUGUUUACCAUGCCGCUCCAGCUGCUUACCAUACAGCCCCUGUUCACGCCGUCCAUGCUGCUCCAGUAGCUGUUGCCCAGAAAGUCGUUGUCAAAUCCGAGGAAUACGAUCCACAUCCCCAAUACAAAUUCAGCUAUGGCGUCGAUGACAAAUUGACCGGUGACUCGAAGAGCCAAUUCGAAGAACGUGAUGGUGACGUUGUCCGUGGUGAAUACUCCCUGAUUGAUGCUGAUGGCUACAAACGUACUGUUCAAUACACCGCCGAUGCUGUCAAUGGUUUCAAUGCUGUUGUCCAUCGUGAACCUUUGGUCAAAUCUGUUGCUGUUGCUCCCGUUGCUCAUUAUGCUGCCCCAACUGUUGUCAAAACAGUUGCUCCCGUAGCUCACUAUGCCGCACCCGCUGCUGUUGUCAAGACUGUUGCCCCUGUGGCUCAUUAUGCUGCCCCAGCUGUUGUCAAGACUGUUGCUCCAGUUGCCCAUUAUGCCGCUCCCGCUGCUGUUGUCAAGACCGUGGCUCCAGUUGCCCACUAUGCUGCUCCCCAUUACACCGCCCCUGUAGCCCACUAUGCUGCUCCUACCUAUGUCAAAUCUGCUCCAGUUACCCAUUAUACAUCUUACGGUACACCCGCUGUUGCUUAUCAUCAUUAA